AUGAAGGUCACCACUAUGCUAUCCUCCUCCUCUCUUCUUCUCUUCAUAUUGCUCAUUUCUGCAAAUCCUUAUGCAAGAGCCCUUCAAGAAGGAGGCAAUGGAAUAGAAGAAGAGCUUGAAGAUGUGAAAAGAUCAUAUUUCCCAACUGGAUUUCUCUUUGGUGUUGCCACUUCUUCCUAUCAAAUUGAGGGUGCAAUUCUUGAAGAUGGGAAGAGCCUUAGUAACUGGGAUGUUUUUGUCCAUAAAAAUGGGAAUGUAAACAAUGGAGACACUGGAGAUAUAGCCACUGAUCAUUACCAUCGUUACCUGGAAGAUAUAGAGACAAUCCAUUCUCUUGGAGUGGAUGCUUACCGGUUCUCCAUUUCCUGGUCAAGAAUACUUCCAAGUGUGUUAUUUUCCUUCCAUGGAUAA